ACACAGUGGAGUGUCGUUUAUAUCGAAUUAACAGGUAGUGGUGAUUAUUGAAACAGUUGUCAUCUGCAUGUUGAGUUUAGUCAUCGUCAUAUUACAUUAUGUUUGCUACCUUAAAAAAUAAGAUACGUGAGGAAAUCGGCAGUGACGUGUCUACGGUUAUCAAGAACGCUGGAAAUAUACGCGGCAUUAAUUCUAAACAUUUGUCUCAGACAGGUUCUACAAGUAGUAUUAGUGGUUCUCAAGUAUCAUUAGAUGGAUCAAGAGAAGAAAAUGCAGUAUCUCCUCUGCCAUCAAUUUCACCAAAGAGAGAGAAUAGUUUUGAAUUUAAGUCUAAUGAUGGAAUGCAAGUUUCUGCAAAAGAUAUAAAAAAAUUUGAAAGUAAAGAAGAUGAAUGGAAAAAAUGUUUAGCAAAAAAAGAAGCAGAAAUAUUGAAAAGGAUGGAAAAGAAGGAGGAAGAAGGAAAGUCAAAACUUUUACAAAAGGAAAAGGAAUGGAAGAAAAUUGUAGAAAAACAAGAGAAAGAGAAACAGCGAUUAGAAGAAAAGAUAAAAAAAAUGGAAUUUGCAAAACAGUCAUUGGAACACGCUGUUAAAAAUGCCGAAGAAUAUAAAAAGAAGUUGUACAACUUUCAAGAAGAUGCAGAACAACUGGAAGGUUUUCAAACACAGGAAAUGGCAAAAAUUAAACAUCUCUUGUUGGCAAAAGAGCAAGAAGUAGAAGAGAAAACACAUCAGUUGAAAAUUGCUACAACAGAAAUAGAAAAUCUGAAGACAGAAGUUUCCCGUCUUAGACGAUAUGAAAGCGAAUUGAACAAUGUACAAGAUGAAAUGGAGACAAUGCGUCAUUCUACACAGCGAGAGAGAGCACAACUUUCUUGUCAAUUAGCACAAACGGAAGAAGAGGUGCGUCACUUAAAGGAUAAAGUAUUUGUAUUAGAGCAGAGAAUCGCUCUAGAAACAAAUGAUCAAAUAACAGUUGAUGAAAGAAUAGCCGAUUUGAUGCGCGAGAGGACACUAUUAGAGAGAAAACUUGAAGAAGCACAUCUUCACCUCUCUGAUAUAAAAACCAGUUGGUCGGGUAAGAUCUCCAGUCUCGAGACACAGGUCGGCAGGCUUAGUAGACAAGCUGGUGAAGAGGGAUUGGAACGCAGGCGGGUCGAACAGGAAAAAGAAAGGCUUAUACAUAAAAUUAAGCAAUUAGAGGCUGACAUAGAAGUGAAUAAUGUUGUUAUGGCAACGAAAGACGCCAAACUUUUACGCAUGACGGAAGAUAUGGAUGAAAUGGCCAUGGAACUGAAAGAGCUCCGGGCUAGUGUUGAUGAUGAGGUGGAUGAAUUUAAACGACAAAUUGAUGACAGUUGCUGAUGAAGUAAGCGCAGCGAGAAAACCAAUCAACAAAGUGGAAAAGGGACUUCAACAUUUCGAUAUAUUCGAGAUUUUGAUAACAUGACUUUUUUGAGGAAACUUUUAUCUACCGAUAAAGUGCUAUUAAAAACUGCCAAUUUUAUAGAAAUUUACAUAACACACACAAACACACACACACACACACACACACACACACACACAUUUGUUAUCGCUGUUAAGCGAUUGUCUUUCCAUGUAACAAAUUUUUAAUCAUAAUAGCAUGUAAGUUCAUAAAAAACUGAUCAAUCGCAAUUGAUUAUUCUUUAAUAACAAGGAGAAUCAAUUGUGUAAUUGGUCAAUUUUCUUGCAAAUUUACGAUUAUACGACUAUAAAAACUUGUUACGUGCAAAGAUCUUUAGCGCCAACGCUACAUACCAAUACUACAUCCGGCAUGCACGCUUAUCUGUCAUCAUAAGCGCACUUUCAUUUUAUCACGAUAAUCUGAUCGAACAGGGCGAAACAAAUAUUAUAAAUAUAUUCUUUAGGACGAUCUGUAAAUCAUCAUCAUGACAUUUACACAUUCAAAAAAAUGUUCCGUUGAUCUAACUAAAAUUCUGAAUGUUUAUAGCUGCAUGUUAAAAUGCAUCGUUAUUUUGUGUAUCUAUUAGAAAAUUACCCUAUGUAGAAGUCCUUAUAAGAGCAUCUAAUAAUAUAUACAAGAAAAUUUAAAUCUCAAAA